GCCGCGGCCGGAACCUUGAAUACAGCGCUCCUUGCCGCGAUAUAAUAAUAAAGUGCUCAGUCCGGCCCGAGCCUUUAACGAUACUACACCAUACGACCGAUAUUUGUGACAACUCACACGACUUCAAACACGCGAUCUCACCGCCCCCUAGUGACAUAAGUUUCCAUCCCCUGUGCUAUAGUGACACAACUAGUAUACGAAUAGUGUAUAUUGUGAUGUUUUGUGCCAAUGCUGCUUGUGCCAUAUUAGGAGGUGUUUAUUGUGUUCACAAGUGCAGUUGUAAUAGGCUGGGUGAGCGAUGAAGGGGUGGUUCGACGCGUUCCGCGAGGAAGGCGGGCCGACCCUAUACGCGUACCACAACCGCACGGCCGUCGCGGCUGAUGUGCCUGCGCUUGCGCUGCUCAUCGCCGCGCUCACGAUCUACAUCGCCUUCCUCGCUGUCUUCCCCGGCAUCAGGAAAGAGAGAUUCUCAACGUUCACGAUAGUCACACUAAGCCUUUUCGUCGGCACCGUCAUUCUAGUAUGUAAGCACGGGUCGUCGUGGCACGUGGCGGGCGCCCGCGUGGCUCGUGCGGCGUACCGCGCGUUUUCCGCCGACCGGCUGGACUGCUGGCUCGCCGUGCAUGUGGGGCUGGGGCAUGUCAAUGUUACGCUCACCGCCCUGUCCUGGGGCAAUACGAGUGUGGGGGAUCCAGGUGUGGACUACAACGAGCAGUUCCGCUGGGAAGAGGCCGGGGCUAUCCAGGAGUUCUACCGGGAUGGCCUGACGCGAGGCCUGCCUUUCCCACUUUUGUCUGUUGCGGAACACUUCGCAGUACAGCAUGAAGGUUUCGAUUGGGGAGCCAAGUAUCGUGCUGCAGGGUACACCACAUCUACGCUGUUGUGGACGGCGAUAGCUCUGUGGCUACUGAUGAACCUGCUCCUAGUAGUCGUGCCUCGAUACGGCGCGUAUGCCAUGGCCACGCUCGGUGUGACGCUAUGUGCUGCCGCCGGGGGCUACUGGGCCUCGCUACCACACGCGCCACUAGUCGUACGCCUUGACGGAGCCAUGCUGUUCUUCUCGCUAGGAUGGUGCUUUUGGCUUGUGUUAAUAGCAGGCUGUAUCUGUGUGGCUGUAGGUUUAAUAAUCGCGAUCCUAGACCUGAUCUGGCCGCAUCGGUUUUCGACGGUGCUGGAGGUGGACUACGACACGCCGUACGACAGACACGUAUUGAUUGUCGACAGUCGACAGCGAGCCAGGCCGCAGACACAAGCAUCGUUACCUACUAGGAUACUUAGAAGACUGUCAUCAAAAACUCGUGACACAGAAGGACAGGUCUCCAUGUCAAUAGUUAGUGAAAACGAAAGAGGUCGGGACAAUCCCGCCUACCAACAUGAACUCAGGAAGCCAAACUCACCGUGGAGGUAUCCGCUCUUCAGAAGACAGAUUGACAGAGCGGACUCCGCAUCGAGUCUGGGGUCAAGCAUAAACGGUAACAGUUCCGGUAUAAAGAUGUCGCCACUGGCCACGGGGGCACCCGUGGCGCCACCGUCGAUCCCUCCGCAUAGGUACAUAACGAGUACUUCUCAGUCUUGUCGCUAUGUUAAAUAAAUGCUGCUUGCCUGAAUACAGUGAAGUACCGACCUCAAAUACCAGCGGCAGAGCGAGUGAAGGACAUGUGGUGAUUAGUGUAAUAAUAGCAUAAUUUAAUUACACUCAAAUAAUAGUAGGUGUUGGCGGUACGUCAUCUAAAGUUACUGAUCUCUGAGGACCUUCUUGCAUGGUGAAUAGACAAGCCCACGAGUUAAAAAAUUAGUGAUGUAGAUAUAAGAAUCCGUAGAAACAACACAAAUAGAAUCAAAUAAUUUAAGUACCAUAUAUUAAGAUGGCCGCUUAUAUGAAAAUAUUCAAGUGCUUCCACCAUAUCAACGAUUUCUCAAGAUGACAAUACUAAUGUUGAAAAGAAAAUUGUAAAUAUGUAAAUUAUAGUUAAGUAUCUAAAUUAUGUGUUAAAUCCGUCCAGUGUCAUAAAUGAAAUGCCUAGGAAAUAAUGCUGUAACUCUUGUAAGAUAUGAGUAAAAUGUUAUGACUGCAUCGACACAAGUAAAUGCUUUGUGCCAUGUAAUAAAACAAGAGACAAGAAGUAUUAAAUAAAUAAGUGAAUUUUAAUAAGGACGAAAAUUAAAUGUAUUAAAAAGUAUUGGAACGACGUAGAUAGCAUUUGACAUUGUUGUUUUAAUCAGACAAAGGUAUGAAUGUUGAAGUUAACGACAUAUCAAUUAAAAUAAAAUGACAUCGAAUCGAUAGAAGAUAAUUCGAUAAUCUAUAACUAGACCGAAGUCAUUUAGUUAUACGUGUAAUUGUAAGUUAUUUAUUUCUUAUUUUCAGUUGUUGUAGUUGAUGAAAGAAUGUUGUGUGUAGCCAUUGGUAGCAACAAUCACAAUUAUAAUUGUCUACGUCACAUUAGUCCUAACUACUUACAUCACGGAACAUUUUCAAUGUUGUGAAGAUGUGUUUGCAACAGUGAAUGUGUAUUGUACUUAGUAUUUUAAUUAUAACGAUAGUGAGAAUAGAAUGAAUGAUUUUAAUAAUAUUUAUUGUGAUCGAAAAAAUA